CGCCGGGAACGCGGACGUGGGGAGGGAGGAGAUGAGAAGUUGAGCCUGUGCCGUGUGCUGUCGACUUUCACUCAGUGCCAGGAUGGAGUUGCGGAAUGAGCUGUUGAAGUCCAUUUGGUACGCGUUCACAGCGCUAGACGUGGAGAAAAGUGGCAAAGUGUCUAAAUCGCAGCUAAAGGUCUUGUCGCAUAAUCUUUGUACAGUGUUGCACAUCCCACAUGACCCCGUGGCACUUGAAGAGCAUUUCAGAGAUGACGAUGACGGACCUGUCUCCAGCCAGGGUUAUAUGCCAUAUCUCAAUAAAUACAUCCUAGAUAAGGUCGAGGAAGGUGCUUUCGUCAAAGAAACUUUUGAUGAACUCUGCUGGACUUUAACUGCAAAGAAGAACUACAAACAUGAUAAAAACGGAAACUGCAUUAUUUCUGAACAUGAUGCGUUCAGGUUAUGGUGUCUGUUCAACUUUCUCUCGGAGGACAAAUAUCCACUGGUGAUGGUUCCUGACGAGGUGGAAUAUUUGCUGAAGAAAAUCUGCACAGAGAUGAAUGUGGAGUGGUGUGCGGGGGAGCUGGAUGACUUCUUCACCCAAGAGCCCAUGCAGCAGAAUGGAAUUACAGUCUGGGUGUUUCUGGACUGGGUAAAUUCUGGGAGAUUUACCAGGGGGAUUGAAAAGGAGACUGUCACAAUGGCAGUGCAGGAGGUCUACCAAGAAAUUAUUGAGGAUGUACUUAAGCAGGGUUACUUAUGGAAGAAGGGCCAGUUGAGGCGCAACUGGACUGAGCGAUGGUUCAUCCUGAAGCCAAGUAUCCUCUGUUACUAUGUGAGUGAAGACCGGAAAGAAAAGAAAGGCAGUAUCGCUCUGGACAGGAACUGUUGUGUGGAGAUUUUAUCUGACCGAGAUGGGAAGAGAUGCAUGUUCUGCGUCAAGACACCAUCAAGAACUUAUGAGAUGAGUGCAUCAGACACAAAGCAGCGGCAGGAAUGGACGACAGCCAUUCAGACAGCAAUCCGGUUACAGGCAGAGGGGAAGAAAUCUUUGCACAAGGAUUUGAAACAGAAAAGGCAUGAUCAGCGAGCACUUCGGGAGAAACAGAAAGCAGCAAAGGAGGAAGAACUUCAGAGACUCAAACAGCUCCAAGAGGAGAAGGAAAGAAAACUGCAGGAACUGGAACUACUAAAAGAGGCCCAGCGUCAGGCAGAAACACUUCUAAAGGAAGAAGAACAGCGAAGAAAGCAGCAGCAUGAGGAGAUGCAGAGGGCUUUGGAAAUACAACUUCGACAAGCUGAACAGGCUCGAGCCAGCAUGGAAGCAGAGAUGGUAUUGAAGGAGGCAGAGGCAGAUCGCCAGAAAAAACGGAUUCGUGAACUGGAGGAUAUGCAGAAACUCCUUGAGGAAGCUCUUUGUGCUGAGGUAACUGCUCGGCAAGAGGAGGAAGCAAAGAGAUACGCACAGACCAGAUUGUUGUCUGAGGAGGAAGACAAAAUGAAAGCACUGAUGCAGCUAAAGGAAGAGCAGGAGGAGCUAAUUAGAAAAACGCAGAGAGAAAAACAGGAGUUAAGGCAAGAAAUGGAAAACAAGUCCAAGAUUCUAGAGGAAGCACAAAAACAGCUGGAGGAAGUGCGGGUCAACAGACAGCGAGCAGACCAGGAUGUGGUGGCUGCACAGAAGAAAUUGCGACAAGCAAGUUCACAUGUUAAGCACUGGAAUGUUCAGAUGAACAGGCUAAUGCGUCCAAUUGGACCAGGAGAUAAGCGGCCUACGCCUCCCAUUGUGCCUAACUAUCGAGGAUCAAUAGGGGGACAGCAGGAGGCACGAGUAAAGUUAUCGGGAAAGACUGAGGAGAAAGGUAACACAACUGCCGAUGAGUGUAGGAAAGAGAAUCUCCAUCGCUCACUGUCAAACUGUCCUUCUAACGCAAACUCAGUUGAGGAAAUGGAGACCUCAGCUUUAAAUGGACAGGUGAAAAGGAAUUCAGUGGAAAUUAGAAAACCGAUGCAACGGUCUUCCUCAGAGGAUCCAGAACAUGCUCCGACAGAGGAACUCAUCAGAUAGUUUGGAUGUCAACAGAGGUGAUUCAAAAUAGUUGACAUUCCAUUGCUUCAUAUUGGACAAUAACAUCAGGUCACAAAGAGUCGUCCAAUAAAGUUCACAGUCACGAGUGCAAAGAGUAAAAGUUAGAUGUCAUCAAUGAAGUCAGCCAUUUUAUUCAGCCUUUUCCACAAGGAUGACCGAGGUUACUAAAGACAAAACAAUGUGAAAUUGCCUGAAACCAUCAGCUAUUGUUUGCAUGCAGCAGUACUUAAUGCAUCUUUAGACCAAUAAUGGUGAAGGAGAACUUUAAAAUUGGAGUUUUGUCUUAUUUACAUUCUUACACCAUAAUACAAUUUGUGGAUAUUGAGUUUUUAUAAACUUUUUAAUUGGCAAAAAAAGUCUGUGUAAAAAAAUAAGAUAUCAUCUGUUUACUUUGAGUGCUGUCAGCCUCCUCACCAUUAACCGAACAAACUACACAAUCAGCUUUAUUUGUAGACAUUAGAAUUGAAAAGUUGGGAAGUUAUGCUAAACCUGUGACCAACUUUGGUUAGGCCACACUUCAAAGACUGUGCAUGCUUUGGUCAUCGUAUUGUGAGAAAGGAUGUAGAGGCACUAGCUGCAAUGAAUGGGUAUAUCGAUCAAGAAAGUAUUAACAGGCAGGGCAUUUUUCCUCCAGUAAACGGAAGGCUGAGGGGAGACUGGUCUUUAAAAUGAUGAAAGGUUUUGCUAGAGUGGAUAUGGACAGAUUGUUUGCACUUGUGGGAAGGACCAUAAUCAGAGGCCAUCAUUAGAAGAGAGUCACCAAGAAAUCCAAUAGGGAAUCCGGAGGAAUGAAUUUACACAGAAUGUUGAGAAUGUAGAACUUGCUCCCUAAUAAUAUAAAUGCAUUUAAGGGGACAUUAGACAAACCUAUGAGGGAGAAGGAAACAGAGGCCUAUGAUAAUUACUAUUUCAAUUAAAAAUGAUGGCGACAGGAGGGAAGGCCUGUCUGGCAAUUAAUACCGCAUGGACUGGUUGGAUUAAAUUGGAUGAGCUGUCUGGAAAUUGCUGAAAUUCAACCUAAAAAGCCAACAAGGUGCAGAGCUGGAUGAACACAGCAGGCCAAGCAGCAUUGUAGGAGCAGGAAGGCUGAUGUUUUGGGCCUAGACUCUUCUUCAGAAAUGGUCUAGGCCCAAAACUUCAGCCUUCCUGCUCCUCUGAUGCUGCUUGGCCUGCUAAUGUCUGCUUUUAAAACAUGUCAAUGUUUUUCAAUUUGUUCUAUAAUGUUGAGGUACCUAUUAAUGCUAUUAAUUGUUUUGAUUUGUUUUCAUUAGUACCAAAGCAGUGUUCAGAACUUAAACCCAUCCACACUGCUUCAAGAUUUUUGGUUUGAGAAGUGUAAAGCCACACUUAUCCAAACUUGCCAGUGUGUGUCAGCCAAAGACCGGCAAGUUCUUAAAUCAAACAGUUUCGAUCCAUGGUAAACUAGUUUGGAUUUCUAGGCUCACUGACUGACAUCUCUGUUAAAUGUGAAUACAAGCAAAAUAUGUAUCAAAUACUUCUUCAAUGGCAUUGUACAACUUUAGUGUAACUCUAAUUUUGUACAGGGCAUUCAAGUGUGAGGUGCAGGAUUUAAAGCGUGUCAUUUCUGCUAUAUGCUUUCAAAUGAACGUGUCCUUUAUUUUGGGCUACAGUCAGAAGUAUUUCAAAUCAUCUCAACUUGCUUUUGGUUUAUGCUUUAAAUUUUGUAAAAUAUAUGUGCGGUUUUUAAUAAAUAUUUAGAAAAUUUGUUGGAAGUUUCUUUUGAAAUAAAUGAAUAGCUGAUACUAGCUAACUCCAGAAGUAUCUAUUUUAAAAGAUUACUAUUUGAUACGACUGGGAUUUGUUAGCACAAAUAAUGUCUAUUUGUAUAGUUUGUUUAUUGACAAUUGCAGUCUGCCUUACAAAAUAUGCAUAACCAAUGUGAUUGUUAUUAAACAUCAUCUUAAUCCACAGUUAUAUUUCUUUUUAAUAUAGUUUCCAUAUGUCAAGUUCUAAUUAAACAGCUGAUUAAGAUCAAAACAAUGUUUUAGUUAUAGCUUUUGCCAAGUUAAAUUAUAGACAAUUCUUUUUCAAUCCUCUACAUGAUCCAGUAAUUCAGAAAACACCUGUACAGUAUUAUUGCAAUUCAGCUGUAAUAAAGUAGUUUUCUUAAAACGUC